CCUCAGCUUGUUGUCGAACUCAAGGGGUCGUUAUACAUCUAGAGCCUUAGCAAUCAUGUCCGGACACAGCCAUCGACCGACGUUGAAACAGAAAAACAAAGGUUUCAAAUCCCGCCAUGCCACAAAAUCAUCCCUUAAAAACGCCGCCAAAGGCAAGAUCGACAAUGCCUCACCUAGCACCUCUUCCGCCGCUAGCACACACCGAGCGAAAGCGGCUCAAGAGAAGAAGAACCGGAUGAACCACCGAUCUCAGAUCCGUUCGUCCCACCAAAAGGCCGUAGGACAGGAUUCCAAGUUUUUCAGUACGGUCUCUGGGGGGAAGGCGGUUCCGAGGGUUGUCAGUGUGAUCCCCUUGCAUUCGGCUGUACGGUGUGAGGAUUUCGGGAGGGGUUUCGUCGAGGUCUUGGGGCUGGGUGAGGAGGAGAAGGAGAGGGUUGUUGGGAGCUUGUCAGAUCGAGGUAGUUGGAUCAUGAGCGCCCCGAAAUUCAAGACCUCCCUGCAAUUGAUUCACCUCCCUCCUCUUUCCCUCUAUGCCACACUCGACGCGGCCCUGGCGAGCGACUAUGUCGUCCUUCUCCUUUCUUCCGAACAUGAAGUGACGGAAGAGGGUGAACGGAUCUUGCGGUGUCUUCAGAGCGUUAUUGGGGGCGGGGGUGGGCAGGCCGAGGUCAUCGCUUGUGUGCACUCACCUCGCCGUCAACCCAUGUCCCCUCAAGACCGCCCGGGCGUCCUCAAAUCCCUCUUGUCGUUUACAAACUAUUUCUUCCCAGCCGUCUCCAAAGUGCACGUCGUACCCACUCGACCGGACGCGACUUCGAGCGAUGCCAACAACCUCGCCCGGUCCGUCCUCGAAGGCGUACCUACGGGGGCUAGUAGUAUCAACAUUGAACGAGGCGGAGCUGGGAUUAAAGGGAGGGGGAGGGAUGGACGAGGGUGGUUGGUAGCGGAGACGGGGGAUACGAGACAGGCGGAGACUGGCGACGACCAAGCGUUGAGGUACGAGCUCGACUCGCCAGAAGCCGACAGGGGGGUCUUGUCAGUCACGGGAACCAUCCGGGGCGCUCGUCUGAGCGCGGACAGGUUGGUGCAUAUUCCCGGUUGGGGCGAUUAUCAACUAGAAUCCAUCAACGCGUCCGUCGUCCCCCGAGGCGCACACCGUGUACACGUCAAGUCGAUGCAGACCGACCUGGACCCGUUGCAGUCCGGAGUCCUCAGUACGCCGGGCGAACAAGCCGACGAUCUUACCGCGCUCAACGAAGUCGAUACGCUGGGCAACGAACAGACUUGGCCGACAGAGGAAGAGAUGGCCGAAGGUGAAGCGGCUAUGAGGAACGCGGAGAAGAAACCUAUCCGGGUGAAGAGGGUGCCCAAGGGGACGAGCGCUUAUCAGGCCGCUUGGAUCUUGGAUGACGAGGAUGAGAACGACGUGAUCGAGGAUGCCGACGAUGAUGAUGAUGAGGAUUUGAUGCAAGAGGAUGGGGAUGAUUUGGACGAAGGGGAUCUCGGGGCCGAGGCCGGGUUCGGAAGGGGCGCGAGGGUGGAAGAUGGGGAUGACGAGGUGGAAGAGACGGAGGAUGUCGAGCUCGAUGAACGACAUGACGAGGAGGAAGAGCUGGACGACGCCGAGGAAGAGAGACAACUCCAAGCUUACCGAAAACAGCGCAACAAGGAGGACGCCGAUGACCUCCAUUUCCCCGACGAAAAGGAUACCCCUCGGCACGGCUUGGCUCAGACCCGGUUCCAGCGAUACCGUGGUCUCAAGAGUUUCAGGACGUCGCCUUGGGAUUCGUACGAAGACUUGCCGCUCGACUAUGCCAAGAUCUUCCAGUUUGAGGAUUACGAGAGGACGAGGAGACGGGCUGAAGAGGCUGGGCGGGAAGAGGGGGUCGAGGUCGGAACCCGUGUACAACUUCGGAUCCGGGAUGUCCCUCGUGCGCUCGUCGAGGCGCGAGACAUUCAACACCCUCUGGUCGUCUACGGGUUGUUGCAGCACGAACACAAGCAGUCGGUCUUGCAUUUUGCCGUCCAGCGAAAUACCGAGUACGAAGCGACGGUCCGGGCCAAGGACCCCCUCAUCCUCUGCGUCGGACCUCGUCGAUACCGUAUCAACCCGCUCUACUCGCAACACACCCGUGGGGGUGGCAAGGGCGUCAACAACGUUCACAAAUCCGAACGAUACUUGCGACACGGUACCGCGGUGGUGGCUACGACGUACGGUCCGGUGGUAUUCGGUAAACAGUCUUGCUUGUUGUUGAGAGAGUCCGAGGAUUUGGAAUGCCCCCACUUGGUCGCCAUGGGAUCUUUUAUGAGCGCCGACCCGACCCGGAUCAUCGCCAAGCGGAUCAUCCUCACCGGACACCCGUUCAAGGUGCACAGGAAGACGGCUACCGUGCGAUACAUGUUCUUCAACCGAGACGAUAUCGAGUACUUUGCGCCUAUCGAGUUGCAUACCAAGUAUGGGAGGACGGGUCAUAUCAAAGAACCUCUGGGUACGCAUGGAUACUUCAAGGCCAUCUUUGAUCAACCGAUUCAACAGAUGGAUACCGUUUGCAUGUCGUUGUACAAGCGUCAAUACCCUAAACAGGUCGAGUACUUUACACCACCGCCUGCGGGCAAACAUGUGGGCGUGGUCGAAGAGGUGGAGGACGAGGUCGAUGAGAUGGACGUCGAGUGAGAGCUGGGUGGUAGACUUGUGUGUUGUACUUGGUAGCAUUCGAUAUAUCACGACGUGAUGAUGG